UUGAUACCUUGUAUUUUCUCAGGCAGAUAUGGCACAACAUUUUCAUCUCAUAUCAUGCAUCUCUACCCUCUUCCUUCUCCUCCUUGUUCCAUCCAACUCUGAAAACCUCAAGGCCAAAAAACCGCGGCCUUUCGGGUUUCUGAACCAUCUGCAGGGAUGCAAGAAAGGGGAAAAUCUAGCAGGUCUACGCGAGCUAAAACAAUAUUUAAGCAAAUUCGGAUACCUAAACUACAAUUUUUCAAAAGGCCCCAAAAACGACGAUUUUGAUGAGGUUCUUGAGGCCGCUAUGAAGAAGUACCAGGCCAACUACAAUCUCAAGAUCACAGGAACUCUUGAUCCAGAAACAUUAUCAAAGAUGGUGAUGCCACGCUGUGGAGUGCCUGAUAUCAUCAAUGGGACAACUAGGAUGAAAAACACGAAAGCCAAUCAUCGACAUCGAAACCACAGGCCUAAAAAGCUCCACACAGUCUCUCAUUACAGUUUCAUCCCAGGGUACCCUAGAUGGCCAGCUGGGAAGACUCAUCUCACCUACUGGUUUGAUCUGACCACUACUCAUCCUACUGCUAUACCGCCUUUUGUCAGAGCAUUCGACAAAUGGACCACGUUGACACAAUAUUUCAGUUUCGAAGAGACCUCAGAUUACGAGGCCUCUGAUAUAAAGAUUGGUUUUGAGCGUGGUGCGCAUGGGGAUGGAUCUUCUUUUGAUGGUCAGGGAGGUGUUAUUGCUCAUGCUUUUGCGCCGACAGAUGGGAGGUUUCAUUGUGAUGCCGAUGAGUUGUGGUCUAUAGGGGCUAUUGAGGGUUAUAUGGAUUUGGAGAGUGUGGCUUUGCAUGAAAUAGGGCACCUUCUUGGACUUGGUCAUAGCUCGGUGGAAGAUGCGAUUAUGUAUCCGAGUAUUCCUUCGGGGGUGGUGAAAGAUUUGCAUGCUGAUGAUAUUGGAGGAAUCAAAGCGCUCUAUAAUAUCUAGAAGCGGAAGUGAGGUGGAUUAUUCAAGAAUCGAAGUCGAUGUGACGUGGAUCAUUAAAGAAUGGAAUGAAAUUUGUGUUCAUGUGGAUUUUAAUUUGGAAGUUGGAUGUGAAAUGUGGUGUGUGCAUGGUUCAUCAUAUGAUUGCUUAUGUUGUAUUUAUAUGUCUUGAGUGGGUGUAAUAUAAAAGCUUAAAAUGUGUUGUUGCCCUUUUUUAGGUGCGCUUGGAUUAGGUGUUACGCAAGGAGAGAUUUAGGGGAGGAGAGGAUGGGGAAGAUUAGUGAUGGACUUUACGAGUGCAAAGUUGCUUUGAAAAUGCGUAUAUGCAUUAGAAAUAUAUCAUAAUAAUUUUUACAUUGA